AACUGGAUAAACCUGGCCAGUUACACAAAUGUUCUGAGGGCUGAGAUAACAUGCAAAUAAACCUUAUAUAUCAAUGUGUGAAAACUGGACAGACCACAGGGUUCAAAAAAGGAAGUACUGUCUGCAUAGCUAACUUGCACAUUCACUGUCCGAGUUACAGCAUCUUCGGAGUCGCUGUGUGCCACACACAUCAACUCUUUCACAAAAAAAUGGAUGGAAAAGCAGAUGUGAAGUCCCUCAUGGCGAAGUUUAACACCGGGGGCAACCCCACGGAGGAGGUCUCCGUCAACAACCGGCCCUUCAAGGUCCCGGGACAAAACUCCCCCUCAGGAGUCCAAGCCAAAAAGAACUUGUUCAACAACCAAGGAAACGCGAGCCCUCCUGCAGGACUGAGCAACGUGCCCAAGUUUGGAUCCCCCAAGCCACCUUUGGGGGUGAAACCUUCUCCCGAGGAAAAGCCUGACAAGGAGCCCAAGCCCCCAUUUCUAAAGCCAACGGGAGUGAGUCCCAGGUUUGGACCACAGGCUAACUCGGCCACCAGAGACUCCGAGGUGAAAGCAGGAUUUCUGAAACCUGUAGGCCCCAAGCCCAUCAACUUACCAAAAGAAGACGCCAAACCUGCAUUUCCCUGGCCUCCUGGGACUAAACCUUCACUUCCCAGUGUAAACCAAGACCAUGACUUAAAACCAGGCCCCAAGCCGGGGUCAAUGCCUCCAGCCCUGGAAAAUGAACCAAAACAAGUCUUGUCAAAGUUGUCUGGGGCAAAAGGCAAGUUUCUGUCAGCCUCACAAGAUCUGGACCCCAAGCCCCUCUUCCCCAAACCUGUCUUUGGCCAGAAGCCACCCAUGAAUACAGAGGAUCCCCAGGAAGAUGAGAGCCCCACCAAGACUGCGGCUCCACAGAGAGGGCCCCUGGCCCCCCUGGCAGCCAAGGCCAAGUCUGGCCCUUUGAAACCAGCCAGGGAAGAGCCAGAGAAUAAAGAGCACGGAGGUGAGACAUCAGUAUCUCCUUUUCCUGGAGUUGUUCUGAAACCUGCUGCAAACAGAGGGGCCCCCGGAGGCCUCCCCAAAAAUACUGAAGAGAAAAGAGAAGAUAGGAAGAUGGACGCAGCUAAGAACAUCUUCCUGAACAAAAUUACUCAGGAAGAGUCGGCCUCUGGGGCUCCUCCUGCCAAGUUCUCGAAGACCCCUUCGAAGCUGACAUUGACAGGGCCCUGGAGCCAAAGUCAAGACAAGGAAAAGGGGGACAAGAAUUCAGCGACCCCCAAGCAGAAACCCCUGCCUUCCUUGUUUACCCUGGGACCCCCUCCACCAAAACCCAGCAGACCACCCCACGUUGACCUGUCAAAAUUCCGAAAAGCCACUUCUGGAAACAGUGCCAACAAAGGACCAAUGACUUUCUCAACAACUGCUCUACCGCCACCUCCACCAUCCCAUCCAGCCAGCCAGCCACCAUUGCCAGCAUCUCACCCAACACAGUUGCCAGCCCCAAGUCUACCUCCCAGAAACAUUAAACCUCCCUUAGACCUCAAAGGCCCUGUAAAUGAAGAAAAUCAAGAUAGUGUCAUGCACUCUGAUGGUACUGGAAAUCUAGAUGAGGAACAAGAGAGUGAAGGAGAAACAUAUGAAGACAUAGACACAUCCAAAGAAAAAGAGAAGAAAAGGGAAAAGGAGGAAAAGAAGAGAUUAGAGCUGGAGAAAAAAGAACAGAAAGAGAGAGAAAAGAAAGAACAAGAAAUAAAGAAGAAAUUUAAACUAAUAGGCCCUAUUCAAGUCAUCCAUCAAGCAAAAGCUUGCUGUGAUGUCAAAGGAGGAAAGAAUGAACUGAGCUUCAAGCAAGGAGAGAAUAUUGAAAUAAUUCGCAUCACAGACAACCCUGAAGGAAAAUGGCUAGGCAGAACAGCCAGGGGGUCAUAUGGCUAUAUUAAAACAACAGCUGUAGAGAUUGACUAUGACUCCUUGAAACGGAAAAAAGGCUGUCUCAGUGCUCUUUCAACAAGACCUUUGGAAGAUGACCAGGAAGUGUAUGAUGACGUUGCAGAGCAGGAAAAUGUUAGCAGCCACAGUCAGAGUGGAAGUGGAGGGAUGUUCCCACCUCCCCCAGAUGAUGAUAUUUAUGAUGGGAUAGAAGAGGAGGAUGCUGCUGAUGGCUCCACGCUACAGGUUGAAGAGAAGAGUAACACCUGGUCCUGGGGGAUUUUGAAGAUGUUAAAGGGAAAAGAUGACAAAAAGAAAAGUAUACGAGAGAAACCUAAAGACUCUGAGUCAGACAAUGAUGAAGGUCCAUCUUUCCCGUCUCCUCCUAAACAAGUGGACAUGGGAGAUGAAGUUUAUGACGAUGUGGAUGCCUCUGAUUUCCCUCCUCCCCCAAUAGAGAUAAGUCAAGGAGCCAAGACCAAAGCUGAAGAAAAAGACCCUAAGAAGCUAAAAAAGCAAGAAAAAGAAGAAAAAGACUUCAGGAAAAAAUUUAAAUAUGAUGGUGAAAUUAGAGUCCUCUAUUCCACCAAAGUUGCACCCUCCUUAUCUUCUAAAAAGUGGGGCAACAGAGAUCUACAGAUAAAGCCUGGAGAAUCCCUGGAAGUUAUACAAAAUACAGAUGAUACAAAAGUUCUCUGCAGGAAUGAAGAAGGAAAAUAUGGUUAUGUCCUUCGGAGCUACUUGGUGGACAAUGAUGGAGAGAUUUAUGAUGAUAUUGCUGAUGGUUGCAUCUAUGACAAUGACUAGCUCUCAGUUUUGGUCCUUCUGCUACGUUUAUUUGACAUCAAUGUGAAGUCUGGGUUUUAACUGGCUUGUCUUACCGAGUAUCGUAGAAAAUGAAUGCACAAAGCUACUUAGUACUUUUGUCAAAAAAUUCUACUUACUUUCAUACAUCUUGAAAUUUUGGCCUUGGAAAGCGAUAGCUCUGCCCAACCAACGUCUUAGAAGACUGUAUUUAUGAGAUGUGAGAAAUGUUAAAAACCCAGUUCUGCCUCAGCCACCAUGAAGGCACUUCUUUUAGUCCAUCAAUAGACAACUCUUCCUAAAAAAAUCAUUUGAGAAGAAAUGACUGUGUUGUCUAAAGAAAUAUGAAGAACAACAAAAAAUAUAAGGAAGGAAAUUUUUAGACUUUUCCUAAGAGGGAAAACUAUUGUUUGUACUUCUGAUGAUCAUAUCUUAUAUUCUCCAUUCAAAUUACCAACCUUUAAAAGGCAGGGCUGUCUCCUCUCUUAUUGGUGGGUUAAAUGUUUUUAAAAACGAUAGUAGUAGUGGAACUUUUGUAUAAAGUUUGUCUCUAUUUGUUAAUUGUGAAUAUGUUUUAAUUAUUUGAUGAGAAUGUAUGCAAUUCCUAUACAUACCUAAGAUUAAAACGGUGGAAGAGUCUAAAAUGUUUUCUUUUUGUAGAACUGUAUGCUAACAGUAUAAUUCUGUUUAUAGUUCUAUUGUAACUAGAGUGGAUAUGAAUGAAGACUAUCCUAAAAUUAUGAAGAAUGAAGUUUGAAAGUAACUAGCCUUUAACGUACCUCUUUGCUAUGAAGGCUCUUUUAAAGGUUUUUGUUUUUCUAUUACCUCCAUGGAAAAAACUUUAAACCACUUUACUGGAAAGUUAGCCAACAGAGGGGAUACAAAUUAAUAAAUCUUAGCGUUUGGGCUGGGGUGUUUCAUAUCAGUACAUACUCAACCAAAGACAACCCCAAAACAAAAUGUGAAUCAUUUGGGUUCCAAAUGCUAAGAACACUAAACAUGACACAAACUGAAGAGACCUAAAACCCAAGAAAAAAGUAUAUUAGGAAACUUUUUCAACUUCAACCCACUCCAGUAUUCCUGCCUAGAAAAUCCCAUAGACAGAGGAGCCUGGCAGGCUCCAGCCCAUGGGGUCACAAAAGAGUCAGGCAGGACUUAGUGACUAAACAAACAAAAAAUGAAUUGAGCAAAUCCUAACGCUGGCUCUGCUAUUAAUGAACCUUGAUGUGAUAUUGGAUAAAUUAUUAAUCCUCCUAUUAAUAGUUAUCUCAUUUGCAAAUUUCAAGAUUGGACUAAGUUAGUUUUUCCCAAUGUUUUCACUAUCAGUUAACUUCUAUAAUCCUCCUCUGCCCUAGCCCUGUGCUUUAGAAGCUUUUCCUGACUUUUAAAACUCAGUGAUGAAAUAAUGAUUAAUGUAUUACCCAUGUUUUAAUAUUGCAAAGGCCCACCCAUUGGAGAGUCUGAAGAGUGGCCCAUCUGAAUUGAAAUAAUUCCAAGUAAUUGUAAAGGAAUUCAAAGUCUUCAUAUGGGUUAAGUGGGGUUUCUAUUAGGCACUUUGAAAUGUAAAAAUAGAUCAUCAACUACUAUCGUUCCAUGUAUACAUUCUGGGAGUCUGAGGCCCCCAGAUUAGAAGACACUGAUCUUAAAAGACCCCUUCAAAUUAUGAAAUAUUUUGAUGUCUAAUUUUUGAUAGGGAGAGACAGUAUUUGCUCAUGUGAUGAAUUUACUUUAAAACCAGAUAAAAUUACAUCAUCCAAAUGUGGUUUUUGUUUGUUAAAUCAGGUAACAACUAUACAGAAUACACUGACAGAAUGUUUCCAGUAAUUUUUUCUUCUGAUUGAGAAUAGUAUAAACUCAAGACAAUGUCAGUUUUAAAAAUGCUAAAUUAUAUCAAGAGAAUCGUUUAGAAUUUUGGUUCAUAUACAAAGAAACAGAUACAUGCCUGUGAAACAUUUAUGUAAUAGGUAAUUGCCUUAAUAUAAAGGAAAUAUCUGAAGUAUUAAUUUUAAUAUACUAAAUAUUAUUUCUGUUUUGGUUUUACAUAAGGAAUUUUGUCAUGUGAGAAGAGUGACAAAUAAAUAAUACCUUCACAGAUAACUUUGCCUCCUGCUUAUCAAGACAUCAAGGCUAGCAGGCUUUCUGUCCCAUAACUUGAUCCCAUAUCUGUAUAAGACUGUGUUUGAGCCCAUUCUUUCCUCUUUUGGCUUCGGCCUCAGAGGAUGGGAUACCUCGGGUUCAAACCAAACCUUCCACCACUGAUGUCCCUGAUAGCCGCCUCCUGUUUUGUGAUAGAAAUUGAGAUAACCAAGUGCAAAUGCUUCGAAUAUCCUACAAGGUGAAGCCUUGGUCCAUAUCCAGACACUAACCCAGAAAAUAAGAUGUCACCACUCAGAGUCAAAGCCACAACCUGUUAUCUCAUGUUUUCCUGCCUUCUCUGGAGUCUUCUUCUUUCACAAUUAUUUCAUUCUCAACCUCCCUGUCUCACUUCUUCCCCAUCCCUUUUUCCCUCCUACGUUUCCUCUUUUCUAUCUUUUUCUCCCAUUAUGCAAAUUCCCUCCUUUAGGCUUACAAACAUACCCAAGUCUUUCCUGCUUGAAAAACAGGAAAUCUUGCCUACCAUCCAAAUACCCCUCUACCUACAGUCUGUUCUAUCUUCUUUUCCUCACCUUGUUGUCUUUUAAUGGUAGGGUAUAUAUGGAAUUCCCUGGUGGUCUAGUGGUUAGGUCUCCAUGCUUGGGGCCUGGGUUCUGUCCCUGGUCAAGGAAGAAAGACCCUCACAUGAGAUAUGGCCCCCCCCACAAAAGUAGUGUAUGUGUGGGAGCCAGGAAAAUGUGCCUCAUGGACCUUCAAUCACAGACAGCUUAAUUAACCAAAGGCCCCAGUCCUGCCAAUGCCAGCCUUCCGAUAGACUGCUCCUAUGUACCCAGCAAUUGAGUGUGGCAGGCCUGUUCCUCAAAGAUACAAAACCUCCCAGCAGCCUGGCUAACCCUUCCUUACCAUCAUAGCACUCUGAGAUGCUUUGCCCCAGCCAUCUCUUCCUCCUCCCUUUCUGGGUUCAGACUUGCCUUGCUCCCUGUUGAUUCCUCCAGCCUUCCCUGCCUUCCUCCCAUUUCCUCUGACACAUGUAUUUGCCCCUCCCCGCUCUCCCAUAUUACUGCAUUUUUCACUCCAUCUUGGUGUUUGCUUUCCAGAAGACCUGCACUGACCACUGUAGCACUGGAGAGUUUGUAAAAAUACACAUCCUCCUCAGAUCAACUGAAUCAGAAUAUCUGGUGAAGAAAUGUUUCAAUCAAUU